GUGUGGAUGGGUCGUUGGGGUGUGUAGGCUUUUCAGCAGACCGGAGACAUCAAACGGUGGUGAUUUAACACGUUAUAAAUAGCGAUGUCUCCUGAUGAGCUGGUGUACUUGGGAAUCCUCGCAGCCUCCAUCCCUGUCGGGUUCCUCUUCCGUUACCUCAGUCCUCCUGUGAAGCAGGGGGCAGCUCUUCUUCUGGGCCUUUCUGUCGCCAUCGCCACCUGUCACAUCCACACCCUCCACUCUCUGGUGACGGUGAUAGGAACAUGGAUUAUUAUAAAGAGCGGCUGGCGGCAUGCCCCAGCACUGAGCCUCAGCUGGACCUUCCUCUACCUCCUCUUCUUCCGUCUGGUCACAUGGUUCGGUCUGCCACAGCCGACUCCUUUUGCUAAUGCCAUCCAACUACUCCUCACUCUCAAGAUGGUGAGUUUGGCGAAUGAGGUGCACAGCUUCCACAUGGAGAAGAAAAAGGACGUGAGCUCUUUUGCCAAGUCUCCCGUCAUCGGUGGUCUGUCUCAGGAGCCCUCCAUCUACGAUAUUCUGUCCUAUAGCUAUUGUUAUGCCGGUAUAAUGACCGGUCCAUUCUUUCGCUUCCAAACGUACAUUGACUGGCUGAGGCAGCCGAGCCCGCAGGCCCUGCCCGGCUGGGUGCCAUGCCUGCAGCGUCUGAAGCUGGUUCCUGUCUACGGCGCUCUGUUCCUUGCAGUCAACUCCGUCUUCCCACUGUCCUACGUUCGCACUGAGGAGUUCCUGGAUCACAACGUUUUCUUUAGGUUUUUCUACAUGAUCGCUGUGUUUUUCGUGUUUCGGAUGCGUUUUUACGCGGCGUGGUGCGGAGCUGAAGCUGGCUGUAUCAGUGCAGGUCUGGGCUGUUAUCCAGAAAAGGCGCUGUCCAAACCUGGAGGAGGACCCACCGUCAACUACAGUCCAGAUCCCUCCACUGAGGAGAAAUAUGACUUCAAAACCAUCCAGAACAUUGACUGCUACAACACCGACUUCUGUGUGAAGGUGCGCCACGGCAUGCGUUACUGGAACAUGACGGUGCAGUGGUGGCUGCAUCACUACAUUUACCCCAACGCCCCCUUCAGAGCCUACGCUCUCAGGGCCGGUUGGACCAUGUUCAUCAGCGCCUACUGGCAUGGACUGCAUGCCGGCUACUACCUCUCCUUCCUCACCAUCCCACUGUGCAUCGCCGCCGAGUCCGCCAUGGAAGCCUCUGUCCGAGCUAAACUUGGUCCUUUUGGACAGAACGUCUUCGACUGGAUCCACUGGUUCCUGAAGAUGAGGGCCUACGACUACAUGUGCAUGGGCUUCGUGCUGCUGAAGGCCUCUGACACCAUCAACUACUGGACGUCCAUCUACUUCAUCAUGCACGUUAUCGCCGUCUGCUGCAUCGUAAUCGGGAAGGUUCUGAAGGGAGGGAAACGAGAAGGAAGGAGAGGAGAAAAGGAGGAGAAAAGAGAGGGAGAGAAGGUUGAAAAUGUGAAAACUGGAGAAAAAACAGACUGAAUG